GAAUGCAAAUUUAAAAUGGCUUCCCGCGAAGAGUGGUGUGCUGAAAAAUUGUCAAAGCUUCUAAACGAAGAAUUGAGAAUUUCGACGCUGUGCGAAAUUAAAAACCACCUGACGUCGGUGCCACAGGAGGAGGCCGCCAUAACUGCCAAUAUUUUACAACUUCCCCUGGUUUUCGACUGUCUUAAUGAUUCCAAUACGGAGCAAGUCGAUUUGGCUUGUGAAGUGCUGACGUUAUGUAUGAACAAUUUAAAUCUAGGGGAAAGCACGAACAAAUAUGGGGUGUCACUUGAACGGGCCUUAAUUCAUCCUUAUCCUUCUGUUAAACUUAUGUCUCUUACAGAAAUUGAACGAAGUUUAAAUGAUGACAGUGUUGUUAAUGAGUUGUGUCAGAGAAACUCUCUUGUGAUUAAUAUUGCCAGAUGUAUUGGUGGAGAAGACUUGGCUGUUGCCAAUAAGGCAACCAUUAUUUUAAAAAAGAUCUCUGAGAGUAAAAUGGGCAUGCAACUCCUGGUUUCCAAUGAUCUGUUAACUGUAUUUCAUGAAGUAAUGACAACUAGUGAGGUUAUUAGAUUAAGGGUUUAUGAAUUAAUCAUUGAUAUUUCUAAAGAAUCUGAGGAAAAUUUUGCUCUCUUGUUGACAACUGGUUUGGUGUCGCAAAUUCUGGAUGAAUUAAAUAACAAUGACAUUUUAUUGAGAAUGAACAUCUUGGGACUCUUAACUCAAUUGGGAUUAAGUAGACAUGGUUACACCUUUUUGGAGACCAGCGGGGUUUUAAAUAAAAUGUUCCUCAUGUUUGAGGACAGUGAAGAUCCUAUUACUGUUCAGCUAUGUGAACCUGGUAUUUUGAAAUUUUUUGGUCACAUGGCUCAUUUCAGACCCAUCGAGGUUUUGUCUAAAUAUCCUAAAUUAUUUGAUAGAUUGUUUAUGAAUCUUGAGAGUAGUGACUUAACAAUUGUUGCUGUAACUUUGGAAACUUUGGGUCACAUUGGUGAACCAAAUGAGGGUAAAAUUGCCUUAGACUCAACAGGCAAUAAAAUGCAGUAUGCGGUAAAAAUUAUAAGUAAACUUCUUCCAUCGCUUCCCACUGAAAUAAGAAUCAAAGCUUUAAACUGUUUCGAAAAACUUUUGCAUGUAGAGGAGUACAGAAAUGAAGUCUCUAGUAUAGCUAGAAAGUGGUACAAUUUGUUUGGGGAUAAACCUAUGGAUCUCAUUCUACGUUAUGCGAAAAAUCCGUUUCCUGACAUAAGACUGGCUGGUUUUGGCGUUUUAAAAGCUGUAUCUGAACAUUAUUGGGGCCAAGCAGACAUUAAAAAUACCAUAGGCCUAGUUGAAUUUUUACUGGAUAGAACUUCAGAAAACUCAAAGGAAGGUAAAGAAAUUAAAUUCGAAAUAAUUAAAAUUUUGUCAAACAGUGAAGUCCUUGAGGAACCUGUUCUUAAAAGAUUUAAACAAUAUGUUAUUGAGGGACCUUUCUUUGUGCAUGGUGUAACUGAAGUGGAGGUUGUGAGGAAUGAAUGAUUAGUAUUUUUUAAGUAUAUUUAUAUAUUUUUGCAUUUGUAUUUAAUUAUUGCAUUUAAGUUAUAAUAAAUUAAUAAAAAUGAA